GAUAGUAACUUAACUGGUAACUUCUUUCUGAGAUGUUUAUAAGAGGAUAAAGUGAAAUUGAAUGUAAAAUUUAGAAAUAAAAAUGGCGGCACAGGCUCUAACCUUGAGUUCCUCCUCCACGACACUUAAAUUCUCAUUUCCUCAUUCGAAGCUCAAGCAACGACGCUUCUCAUCGUUCUCACUUCGAAACCCUAGAUUCCAACCAAUUAUCUGCACUGCCUCCAAUGUCCAACCAAAGAAGCAUUCCUCUUCUUCAUCCAAUAGAAACACAAACAAAAACAAAAACCUAAACAACAACAACAAUAGCAAGAAGAAGAAUAACAACAAAACCAAUGCUGAAUUUUGUGAUUCCAUUUCCACUUCCAAUUCUUCUUUGCCUCACAUUCCAACGCCACUUCCCAAGCCACCGGCUGGUUUCGUCGUGGACGACACCGGCAAACUUCUUUCGUCUUCCAAGGACCGUCUUGCCACACUUGUUGAUCCUGCCAACAACCUUCCUUUGGAGUGUGUGAUAAGGAGACUGUUCACGAGUUCUCGAGGAGAUGAAUGUAUGUUGCUGUGUCCACUUGACAUGCCUGUCCAAAUAUUACAGAGCACAGGUGUUGGAUGGUCAGAAGUCAGUUACGAGGAACUUGAAUCUAUGCUGCCUGCUGCUUCUUUUGCACUUGCCAAAUUACGCAUGCAUCUGGUUUAUAGUGGAUACUGUUAUACAGCUCGCGGUGGUUUUUGUUACUCAGAAGAAGACAUAUUUGAAUUUCAUGCAGAUGGUAAUGACGGUGACAUGGCAACUGAGGGUGUUGAAAUCACACACUUCAAUCUGGAAGGAGCGCACUACAUGAUAUAUACACCAUCUGAUCCACUUCUUUUUGUUGCUGCGAAGGACCGAAGUGGAAUGCUACAAAUUGCUGAUGAUGAACUGCUCGAGGAUCCGGCUGUCAUUAGCGCCAUAGAUGAAGAGACUGAAUUUAACGCCUUGGUGGAGGAAGAAGCUGCACUCUUUGACUCACUGUUGGGUAUAAGAUGAUACUUCAUCUGGAGUGCCGUUUCCUGGUCUGACCGCAGAAUUUUGUGAGUAGAAGAACAGCUUCUUCUGUGUACAUUAUCAAUUUUGUAUUUAUGCAGUAUGUAUAUUUUAGCAAGGAUUGGGUUGAGGAUUGCAACGGUUUUUUUAUGGCUCCUUGUUUUAGUCAGUGAUGACAGGAACGAUCAUCCAUACUACCAUUAUAUGUUUGUGUACAUGAAAUUUAUCCGUAUAUCACAUUUAAAUUCAUUGAUUCCAGCGGUAACUAACUACUGGCUAUUUCUUUUC